UAUAUAAAUAAUUCAUUGGUUCAUGCUAUAACAGAAAACGCAAAAUGUCUGAUAAGUGUAAAUGUGCAAAAUCCUCAGAAGUGGUACUUUCAGUUGAUGAUUAUGGACAGUAUGGAAGCAGAAAAAUAAAACAGUUUACAUGGAAAAAUAGUACAGGAACGACAAUACGAUUGAUUAAUUAUGGAGGACACAUCACUUCUAUUUGUUUACCAGAUAAAAAUGGUAAAAUUGAUGAUAUAGUUGUAGGUUUUAAUGAUCUUGACGGAUAUCUUGGAUCAAAUGAUAUUUAUUUUGGAUGUACAGUUGGUAGAUUUGCCAAUCGCAUAGCCAAAGGAAAGAUGACUAUAGAAGGAGUAGAGUACAAUUUAGCAAAAAAUGAUGGUUCCAAUCACCUUCACGGAGGCGUUAGGGGGUUUGAUAAAGUCGUAUGGGACUAUUCCAUAAAAGGGAAUCAAGUAACGUUAAGUUACGCUUCACCAGAUAUGGAAGAAGGUUAUCCUGGUACUCUUCUAGUUAACGUAACAUUUGAACUGAAUUCCAGUAACGAGUUUGUAAUAAAUUAUAAGGCGAUGACUACGAAACCAACUGUAGUAAACUUAACGAAUCACAGUUAUUUUAAUUUAGCUGGGGAUAGCACAGGUGCUGAAGAGCUAUAUAAACAUAUGGUUAAGAUUAAUGCUCCACAUAUAACUGAAAUUGAUGACGAACUCAUUCCUACAGGCAAAUACUUAGAUGUUUUGGGUACUGUAUUUGAUUUCCAAGAACCCGUUCGUCUUGGCGAUGUUAUAGAUAAGGUACCGAAUUCCUCAGGGUUUGAUCACAAUUUUUGUAUUUCCCAAACACGUACGAAAUUAGAACAAAUGAUUGCCAAUGUAAUUCAUCCCCAAUCUGGACGUCGAAUGGAAAUUUACAGCGACCUUCCUGGAGUACAGUUUUACACAGGAAACCUUUUACCAGAAGAUAAAAGUAUACCAAGUAAAACUGGUGGAUAUUAUCAAAAGCAUGGAGCAUUUUGUAUGGAAACACAAGGGUUUCCAGAUGCUAUGAACCACAGCAAUUUCCCUAGCCCUCUUUUACAAUCAGGAGACAUCUUUGACACCACUACGAAAUUGAAGUUUUCUGUUGAAAAUACUAGUGAGCAAUAAUUUUGUUUAUCAUUUGUAUUCACAUGAAUACUUUAUUGUAACCAAAAAGCAACUCAAUAUAAUAAAUAAAACCAAAUUUGAAA